AUGACAUUUUUGCGGAACGUGCCAGUUCUCAGAGUUCUGCUACGAUAUGGGGUUACUGUUCCUAAAAAGUAUGGUGUUCUGGGAAAUUGUGUUGUAGAAGCCAGUGAUGCAAUGAGAAGUGUUUGGUUACAAAAAUACGGCUACCUCCCGCCAACUGACCCCAGAAUGUCGGUGCUGCGCUCUGCAGAGACCAUGCAAUCCGCCCUAGCAGCUAUGCAGCAGUUCUAUGGAAUUAACAUGACGGGGAAAGUUGACAGAAACACGAUUGACUGGAUGAAGAAACCUCGAUGUGGUGUGCCUGAUCAGACACGAGGUAGCUCCAGAUUUAAUAUCCGUCGAAAGCGAUAUGCGUUAACAGGACAGAAGUGGCAGCACAAACAUAUCACUUACAGCAUAAAGAACGUUACCCCGAAAGUAGGUGAUGCUGAAACCCGCAAAGCCAUUCGCCGUGCCUUCGAUGUGUGGCAGAAUGUAACACCUCUCACAUUUGAAGAAGUUCCUUACAGUGAACUGGAAAACGGCAAAAGGGACGUGGAUAUAACUAUUAUUUUUGCAUCUGGUUUCCAUGGAGAUAGUUCUCCUUUUGAUGGAGAGGGAGGUUUUUUGGCACAUGCUUACUUCCCUGGACCAGGAAUUGGGGGAGAUACUCACUUUGACUCAGAUGAACCCUGGACCUUGGGAAAUCCUAAUCACGAUGGAAAUGACCUAUUUCUAGUCGCAGUUCAUGAGCUGGGACAUGCUCUAGGGUUGGAGCAUUCUAACGACCCCACAGCCAUCAUGGCUCCAUUUUACCAGUACAUGGAAACUGACAAUUUCAAAUUACCCAAUGACGAUUUGCAGGGCAUCCAGAAGAUAUAUGGUCCACCUGAUAAGAUCCCUCCACCAACCAGGCCUUUACCAACAGUGCCCCCACAUCGGUCCCUUCCUCCCGUGGACCCCCGGAAGAAUGACAGGCCCAAGCCUCCCCGGCCACCCACCGGCAAGCCAUCCUAUCCUGGAGCCAAACCCAACAUCUGCGAUGGGAACUUCAACACCCUGGCUAUUCUUCGCCGGGAAAUGUUUGUUUUCAAGGAUCAGUGGUUCUGGCGGGUGAGAAACAACAGAGUGAUGGAUGGGUACCCAAUGCAGAUUACUUACUUCUGGCGGGGUCUGCCUCCCAGUGUUGAUGCUGUAUAUGAGAAUAGUGAUGGGAAUUUUGUCUUCUUUAAAGGUAACAAAUACUGGGUCUUCAAGGAUACUACACUUCAGCCAGGUUAUCCGCAUGAUUUGAUAUCACUCGGAAGUGGAAUUCCUCCUCAUGGUAUUGAUUCAGCCAUUUGGUGGGAGGAUGUUGGGAAAACCUACUUCUUCAAGGGAGACAGGUACUGGAGGUAUAGUGAAGAAAUGAAAUCUAUGGACCCUGGUUAUCCAAAACCAAUCACAAUCUGGAAAGGUAUCCCAGAAUCUCCUCAGGGAGCCUUUGUCCACAAAGAAAAUGGCUUCACAUAUUUCUACAAAGGAAAGGAGUAUUGGAAAUUCAAUAACCAGAUGCUCAGGGUGGAACCUGGAUAUCCCAGAUCCAUCCUCAAGGACUUUAUGGGCUGUGAAGGACCAACAGACCGGGACAAAGAGCGACACAGUCCCCAGGAUGACGUAGACAUUGUCAUCAAACUGGACAACACAGCCAGCACUGUGAAAGCCAUAGCCAUCGUCAUCCCCUGCAUCCUGGCCCUGUGUCUCCUCGUCCUGGUUUACACUGUGUUCCAGUUCAAGAGGAAAGGAACACCCCGCCACAUACUGUACUGCAAACGCUCUAUGCAGGAGUGGGUGUGAUAUAGGGCUUUCUGCUUUCUUCUCUUUUUUCACAGGAGUUUGUGGUAACUUGAGAUCCGACACAAAAGCUGGUUUGCUGUUUCCUAGCUAGGAGCAGGCAUCCGAUAGCCUGCAUCAGGGCUGGUGUUAAAAACCCAGUGGGUCGCCCGUCCUGCACAUGAGGGGGUGUUGGCUUAUCUGGGAAGCUUCCAUGAUACCCAGUAUCUGCCGUUUCUUCAGUCCUUUGUCUUUCUUCGUCAUUCAGUUCUAUGCCUUUCCUCUGCACGUUCAAUGCCCAAUAAACUUUCAGGAUUAACUAAAGAAGAGGAAAAACAAAAGAUCAUUCUCCAACGUUUUUAAUGUUCUGUUUCCCUGAAGCCUGAUCCCAUAAAAAAAAAUGAUAAUUAAAUAUUCAAAUUGUGAACAAACAGGAUGCACGACCCCCAGUGGACCUUUCAGGAAAGUGUGAAGACCCAAAACAGCUUUGUCUCCAAAGAGGAUUGCUUUCAGUCGGUUAUGGAUAGAGUCCACUCCUAGCUGUGAUUUUAGUCAGGUGGGAGAUCUGGAUGACACGCAGGACUUUAGACUGUUUGGACAGCCAUUUUCCAACAGACAAGGGGCCAAAAUAUCUGCAAUAGAGUAACAGCCUUAAUGACACAUCCAUUUUGUGUUUUAUACUGCUGUUCCAAGCUAUGUCCUCAAUGUUUUAUCACAUCUAUAUUCCAUUAUUCUACUCAAACACAGAAUCAUUUGAUUUUUUUGAGGAUUUCCCACUCCCAGCUCCCUGUCAGUUUUCCAGGAUGUCUUUUUCAUUUUUUUCCCCCCUAAAGGUAGAACAGACCAUUUUCCUGAGGUCUUUCAUGGGUCUGUCAUGAACCCUCAUUCCCAAAAUAGCGAGAAGCAGUAUGUCUCUGAAGUGGAUUACUGUGAAUUAAGAGUAACAGUAACAUUACCAAGAUAUUUGACACCAGUAUUACAUUGGUGUUACCCUUUGAGAACUAUAGGAUCCAUUUUCAGAGUAUUAGGAGUACUCAUCUUGGUUUCUUCUAAAUUAUAGGACUGGGCGUAUGUUGUCAAAAGAAAUGCAAAUUUAAGAAUUUCAGAUUUUUAAAGCAAAGAUAUCCUAUAAUUGUGAAAGACCUUUUUUAUCAUUUACAA